AUGAACGCAGAAAGCCUUCUCGCGUCGGCGGCCAUCAACAUUGGCUUAUCACUGUUCAUACUCUCUCUUUUCUCUAUCUUGAAGAAAAAACCUUCGAAUGCCCCAAUUUACUAUCCCCGCCGUCUCUCUCUUAACCUUGACAUUCCCAUCCACCGGUUGCUUCCGUCGGUCGAUUGGAUUAGGCGCGCUGUUUGGGUUCCGAGGAAGAAAUUCUUGAGAACUGUGGCCUCGAUGUUCUUGUCUUCAUCAGACUCUUCAAAUUCGG